AGGAACCAGCUCUGCAGUGUCAAGACCCUUCCUUCAGAGACUUCAUCGAUCGGUAAAAUGCCAGGUGGACUCCGAGAUGCUCGAAGACCUUUCCGGACCAUGAUUUACCGAUGCUAAGACAUAUUUUUAAAUAUCAAGAAUCGACUUGCGCUUUUUUAAAUGCAAACAGACAGGUAGAAAUGGACUGAGGCGGCCUCCCUGCCCCCUUCCUGAAGACCACGUCACCCCGGUUUCAAAUCUGCUCUCUCCAAGGGCGUAGGCUAAAGAGGCCCCUGGCCCACAGUUUUCCGGCGUCUUGGACCCUCCCACCGCGCUGGUAGGGGAAGUCCCUCAGUCCAGCCGCAAAUCCUGGGCGCCCCCCGCGGUUUUCGACGCAGGUACUGGCCAGCGGUUGGGAGGUGGGCAGCAGAGAGCGCAGGCGCAGUGCCCGCACCCGCGGCGCCCCUCUCCCCGCCCCGCCUGGCGGCUUCAGCGGCCCCAGCCGCGGUUUUCCUGGCGAAGCGCGCGGCAGCUGGCAGCCCUGGCCGGAGCUCCGGCGCGCCUUCCUCGCCGCGACACGCAGAAUUGAUUAUCUGAAGAAAUGGAUACGUCUCCCUCCAAAAAAUAUCCCAUUAAAAAACGGGUGAAAAUACAUCCUAACACAGUGAUGGUAAAAUAUACUUCUCAUUAUCCCCAGCCUGGGGAUGAUGGAUAUGAAGAAAUCAAUGAAGACUAUGGAAAUUUUAUGGAAGAAAAUCCAAAGAAAGGCUUGCUGAGUGAAAUGAAAAGAAAAGGAAGAACUUUUUUUGGAACCAUGGAUACCCGACCUCCACCAACGGAAGACCCAAUGACCAAUGAGAUUGGACAAUUCCAGAGCUUUGCAGAAAAAAACAUUUUUCAGUCCAGAAAAAUGUGGAUAGUGUUGUUUGGAUCUGCGUUGGCUCACGGAUGUGUAGCUCUUAUCACUAGGCUUGUUUCUGAUCGUUCUAAAGUUCCAUCUCUAGAACUGAUUUUUAUCCGUUCUGUUUUGCAGGUCUUUUCUGUGUUAGUUGUUUGUUACUACCAGGAGGCCCCCUUUGGACCCAGUGGAUACAGAUUACGUCUCUUCUUUUAUGGUAUAUGCAAUGUCAUCUCGAUCACCUGUGCUUAUACAUCGUUUUCAAUAGUUCCUCCCAGCAAUGGGACCACGAUGUGGAGAGCCACAACCACAGUCUUCAGUGCCAUUUUGGCUUUUUUACUUGUAGAUGAGAAAAUGGCUUAUGUUGACACUGCUACAGUUAUGUGCAGCAUUGUAGGUGUUUGUCUUGUCAUGAUCCCCAACAUUGUUGAUGAAGACAAUUCUUUGUUAAAUGCCUGGAAAGAAGCCUUUGGAUACACUAUGACCGUAAUGGCUGGAUUGACCACUGCUCUCUCCAUGAUAAUAUAUAGAUCCAUUAAGGAGAAGAUCAGCAUGUGGACUGCACUGUUUACUUUUGGUUGGACUGGGACAGUCUGGGGAGUAUCUACUAUGUUUGUUCUUCAAGAACCCAUCAUCCCAUUAGAUGCAGAGACCUGGAGUUAUCUCAUUGCUAUAUGUGUCUGUUCUACUGCAGCAUUCUUAGGAGUUUAUUAUGCCUUGGACAAAUUCCACCCAGCUUUGGUCAGCACAGUACAACAUUUGGAGAUUGUGGUAGCUAUGGUCUUACAGCUUCUAGUGUUACACAUAUUUCCUAGUGUCUAUGAUGUCUUUGGAGGCAUAAUCAUUAUGAUUAGUGUUUUUGUCCUUGCUGGCUAUAAACUUUACUGGAAGAAUUUAAGAAGGCAAGAUUAUCAGGAAAUACUAGACUCUCCCAUUAAAUGAAUACCUGAUUAUUACCUUGUUAACCAUCAGUUAAUACAAUACACUGCCGUUUUAAUGUUCACCUAUGUCUUUUGUGUUGUAUAAUUGACAGUGCUAUAUAUUAAUUAAUAUAUAAAGAUGUAGAAAAAUUUAUUCUCGUCUCAUAUAUUCAAAAACAAAUAUUAAAUAUGUGAAAUA